CAGUCUUCAUGAUACAUUUAAACCCUUGAGCAUGCCCUGAUACACUACUCUUCGAACAUCUUGUCAAAAUCCGAACUUUAAACCCACAAUGUCCAAAUUCGCCAUGGCCCGCCACCACAACCCUUUGGAAGAUGAUAUUACCGCUGCGGGCGGCCGUCUACGGACUAAGUCUGUCACCGGGAAGAGAAAGUCGAGGACCGAUGAGAAUAGUCAAGGAGAUGGGUAUAUUGAUGCUCAAUCUUCGAGAAAGAUUUUGGCUAUUGCACAAGACCUGGCGGACGAAGAAGCUCGAGAUCGCAGCGCCGCAGGAGUGAAGGCCACAUCACCAUCGAACGCCGCCUUUGCCUUUGACUCGCGAUUCACCGCCGAUGACGAUGAAGAUCGAGGUGUAGAGGCACAAUAUGACGACGACAACGACUGGAUGCCGGAGGAAGAAGAAAUCGUGGUUGAAGAAGAUAUGGACCCGGAAGACAUGGCUGUCUACAAGAAAUUUCUCCAGAGUGGUGAAGAGCUGGCAGAUUUUGCACCCUCCAUAGCGAAGCUAACCACAGGGGAUCGACAGUCGAAAGAUGCGUCCGAGAGAGAAGAUGAACCAGAAGGCCCGCCCACGAAUCUCACAGAACUCAUCCUGCAGCGAAUCGCUGAAAAAGAGGCGCUGGAAGCAGCACGGGGGGCUGGCUCUCAACGACAGACAUUUAUGGGAUCAGGGCCACCUGACGAAGCCGUAGAAAUCCCCAUGAGAGUGGCUGAGACGUUCACAAAAGUCGGUCAACUACUCUCUCGCUAUAAAUCCGGGCCUCUACCCAAGCCUUUCAAAGUGCUGCCUACCCUGCCCCAGUGGCCUGACCUACUAUCGAUAACCCGACCCGAAAAUUGGAGUCCACAUGCCGUCUACAGAGCCACCAAGAUCUUUAUCUCUGCCCCUGCUGCUACCGGGCAAUACUUCUGUGAGACCAUCCUGCUUGACCGUGUUCGCGAAGAUAUUCAAGAGAACAAGAAACUCAACGUGCACCUGUACAACGCUCUCAAAGCCGCCUUUUAUCGACCCUCGGCCUUUUUCAAGGGCUUCCUCUUCAAUCUUGUGCAAUCAUCCUGCACUCUCAGGGAGGCUCAGAUCAUCUCAUCGGUGCUGGCCAAGAUCAAGAUCCCCGUCUUGCACUCUGCCGCCGCUCUACUGCGUCUAUGCGAGAUCUCAGCCGAGCAAACGUCAGACGUCAACAGCGAAGCUGCCGGGGCCGCCAACAUCUUUAUUCGAGUUUUACUAGCGAAGAAAUACGCUCUGCCUUACAAAGUUGUCGAUGCGCUGGUAUUCCACUUCCUUCGGUUCAGAGCGUCCAAGGAGGAUUCAGCCGAUGCGGGAUUGGCAAGUAAAGAGGCGAAGCUACCUGUUCUGUGGCACCAGAGCCUGCUCAUUUUCGCUCAAACUUACAGGCAUGAGAUCACCGAAGAUCAGCGUGAAGCAUUGCUGGACCUUUUGCUUGUUCGUGGCCAUAAAGAUAUCGGUCCAGAAGUGAGACGUGAGCUCCUUGCAGGCCGAAAUCGAGCUGCAGAAGGCCAGGACGGUACAGCCAUGGCUGUUGACCAGGAAUUCCGAGAUGAUGGUGACGAUACCAUGGACAUUGCUUGAAUCUGCCGGACUUCGGCGUUAGAUAUUGACGAAUGAUACGAUUUGAUGUGGUCAGAUUCAUAGAUAUUUGUUUUGCCAUGUAGCUACAUGUUCUAAUUGUUGACUAUGGCUUUUG